GUGCUGUUGCUGCGCUAUUACUUCGUCUCCAAAUCCUCUUUGAAAAUGAACAGCUUUUGGCAAAGGCCUUCCUCUGCCAGAAGAAGGCGAUCUGAAGAUCGAAAAGACAUCUUUAACCGCUUUUCUUGGGAUGAACGAGCGGUUCACGAAAGGGCGCACAGCGCCCUCGUUGUCCCCCAAAGGAAUGCCCCUUUAUCCCGUGCGGAGCCCGUACGCUCCGAAGAAGCAAUUGUCAUUCGUGAUACUACAGCUCAGAACAACGAUAACAAAUUUCCUUCAUCAGAUACCUUCUCUAGAGAGCUACCGGUAUCACAGGAUGGACCACACAACGACGGUUCUACCAUCUGGACUCCUUCGUCAACGAAAGAUACCACCAUCCAUUAUGAAAUGGACAUUGUGGAAGACGUGGGAAGCCUAUUAGAGGAAUUCUCGCGAUUAAAAAGACUGGGCCAUUUUCAGGAGGCGGAACAAUAUUUCCAAGAUUUUCUGAGUGCUUUCAUGGAACUAUCGCCGGUUAUAAUCGAGUUCGCAGACAUGCUAAUCGAACAAGGCUCAUACGAGCGUCUACAUCGCGUUCUGUCACAGCAACAACAGCAGGAUCUAGGUACGUCCAACAGUAACUCGAGCCUGAAGCAGGGUAAUUCUGCGAAAUCUCUAUACCAAGCGAACUUGCACCUCGUACGGGGAUUCGCAGCUAUGCAGUCUCACGGGUCGCUGCACGAGGCAUAUGAAGAAGUUCGAUCCUUGGAGCCCCAAAUGCGUUCUCUAAGGCGACUAAGGAGGAAAGACCCGACACUUGACCUGGACUCGGCUGAAGUGCAAGUUAUCCGUUAUGCUCUCUUGAUUCUAUCGCAAGUGGAACGAGAAACCGAUCUGAUCCCAGAGCAUGACUUCAAUUUCUGGUCUAAUUGGCAGUAUUUGUACAGUGCUCUCGUGACUGAAGGGCGAGUAUGGGAUGUGCGAGACCUAAUGCUUGCUUCUAUUCAAGCAGAAGGUCCAGCAAAUGCGUGGAACUUGGUCUUCGGAGCAGAACUUGAUUCUUCCAAUGAGGCAUUCCGCAAAUUGUUGGAUGACUGGAGUUUGCAUCGAUAUGAUGAGUCAACAUAUCUCGCCAUUCUAGAUGUUUUAGUAUCUCUGAGUCGCAGUGUGUCCUCAUGGUCGAUCUCGAUACCAGAAAGACAGGACUUGCUCACUGCUAAGCGAUGCCUCCAAUAUGCGCAAGCCCUUGCAACCUGCCUCAAGGAGAAUAACCCACAGCUGGUAAAAUCUCGUCCUUACCUACAGUGGGUUAUUGCUGAAGCGGAAUUGGAGAGGAAGCUUUUAUUCAAUACCUCAGGUUCAGAUCUGCGAGAUCACCUUGGCAGAUUUCCCGGCCUGACAAUAUGGAGGGGUUCUGUUCCCAUCUAUCUCCCAAUAAAGACGGAGAACCCAAAGUGGAUGACACCCAAAGACGGGGGACGGAACUACGAUCUUCUUGAAACCGUUCUUCAGACGGCACAGGACCUAAAGGACUAUAAAACUGAGGUUUUAUGCUUGGGUGAGCUAAUUUAUCGUUCGGUAAAAACGAGCGAAAGAUUGACUCGGCUAUCCGAUCUCCAGAAGUCUAUCCAAGGGGAUGUUCUCGGCUACCAGCAGACUUUCCUGUCCUGGUUCCUUCUGGCUCAUACUGAACAAGACUGUAGGGUUCUUUUGGAUGGCUUGAGAGGAAUACGGGAAUCAAAACGAUCCUCGAGAUCUAUCUAUUCUCUGGGUGACUGGUGUGCGAUUGUCAUCGAACGGGCUAUUUCACAUUGCCUAGCCGAGGACGUAUCGCGUUCGGAAGAAGCUUUCCAGAACACUAAGGAGGGCUUCGCUACCUACCUCCCGCAGUACAUAAAAGAUCGGCUGCAGGGGCUCGGCCUGGAUAAGGUCUACCUUGCGCCCUCAAGGACCGGAAAGCCCCAGGAUCCUGAAAUACGACAUCGCAGUAUUACAGCUGUUCCGACAGCGAAACAGGAUACUCAACCCCACCAUCUACAUGAAAUAUCGAGCGACGAAGAACAUCAUGAACAGUCCGAGCCACUAACCAUCUUGAGGCGGCCUAAUCGCACGUACACAGGGUCAGAGAAAAGUGAUGAUGAGGAUGGCGAGUAUACCACCGAUAGUACCUUCGACACAGCUAGAUCAGAUGAUGGUGGGGUAGAUGAUGAGCAGAUUCGUUCAACAUCGCCUAUUCAUGGUACUUCACAAUUCGGACCAAUUUCUAGGAGUGCGACUGUUGAAGAUGUCAGUAGUAGUAGCAUAUAUGAGGAGGAAUGAGCAUGCCAUGGGUUGUGGGAUUUUGAAUCUAGUUUAUCUGGCAGUUAGCUAUAUACUGUAUAAAGCCCAU